ACAAGCAUUUUGACCAUUCGGAAAGGAAAAGUAAACAUUUCAAUGCGAGCUGCGGAACAGAAUGUAACAGGCUGACAAUAUAUUUUGGAGUGCGCAGUAAGGAUAGCUACCCUCUUGCAUAGACUAUGCUGUACCUGGAAAACAUAUUUGGAUUAACAGAUGAACAGUAGGCUAUUAACUAACCCGCGCUCGCUCCACAGGACCGCUAUACGCAUUUGCCUUUUAAAACAACGGAAGCAUUGUCUCGACAAGCAGUGGGAUUUAUAAACCGAAGAUGGGUAUUUGUGGAUACUUUACCAUGUCUUGGAAGUGCCUGGUGGUUCUGUCUUUCAGACUGCUGUUUCUUGUCCCCGCAGGUUUGCCUGUCCACAGUCAAGGGGAAUCCCAAACCGAUAGUAAAGUGAUGGACAAUAUUACCGUCAGGCAAGGCGAAAACGUCUUUCUCAGGUGCGCACAGGGGGACAUCGUCACACACACGGCCUGGCUCAACCGGUCGAGUAUACUGUACGCCGGCGAGGAUAAGUGGUCUGUGGAUCCCAGGGUGAGCCUGGUUACACUCAAUCAGGAGGAGUUCACCAUCAAGAUUGAGGACGUGGACAUGACAGAUGAAGGCCCAUACAUCUGCGCGGUGCAGACGAGCAGCAGACCGAGGACGACGUCAGUGCACAUCCUCGUCCAAGUGCCCCCCACAAUCAUCAACUUGUCGAAGGACCUCGUGGUCAACGAAGGCUCGAACGUCACUCUGAUGUGCCAAGCCAGUGGCAAACCAGAACCCUCGCUCACCUGGAAACUUCUCUCUCCCUCAGUUGACUUGGUAUCGGAGGACGAAUACCUGGACAUCCCCAGUAUCUCCAGACAGAGAGCGGGGACAUACGAAUGCACCGCCAUCAACGACAUCGCCACAGACGUCCAGACCGUUGAGAUCACAGUCAACUAUGCCCCCAGUGUGUCAGAGGGCAGAGACGUUGGCGUGACCCUUGGCCAGAGAGGGGUGCUGGAGUGUGAAGUGGAUGCGGUGCCCAAGGCGGACUUUGAGUGGUAUCGAGACGACAGAAGGAUCUUCAACGGUUUAGAUGGCAUGGAGAUAGAGGACGCCGGGCAGCUCUCCAAGCUGACCUUCUUAAACAUCUCAGAGGCAGACUACGGCAACUACACGUGCAUCGCCAUCAACAAACUCGGCAGCUCCAACGCAAGCUUUGUCCUGUAUGAGGUUAUUGAGCCUACUAGCUCAACACUAGUGCAAGAGGGGUCAACCAAUGUGUUAUUGUUGAGUUCAUCUGUGUUAGAAAAGACAUCAUCUGAAACCUUUGCAUUACCGGCAGGACCCGGAGCAGUGCAGGAUGGGAACAGCGGCUCGAUGGGGACACACGUACACACCUACACCUGUCUACUUCUGGUCAUCCUCCUUCCGUUUCUGCUCAAGUUUUGAUGCAGUGGGCUUUCUGGCAUCCGAGGGCAAGGUUGCAUGUUUUGUGUGUUUUCUCUCACCUGGAACCACAAACGUGAUGCACAGAGUGCAUGGGCUACCCUACUACAUCAUGUCGAACCGCUAAAAAGUAUUAUGUAACAUAUACUUUAAAACAAUUCAUUUUAGUUGAGUUUUAAGGACAUAACAAGUUGCUUUUUUUUGUUUAGUUUCGCCUCCCAUUAUGAUAUGAUUCUUAAAUGUUUAUUCAUGUGGGUCUCAAAAAUAGGCCUGUCCGAUGUGGUUUGUCUGUUAUUUACAUUUAAUUUAUCUCAAUUUCCCCCGACUGACAGUCAUCUUAGCCCCGAGAGUCUUAGCCCCAAGAGUUAAGUGUAUGAGGUGAACUAAACAAACACCUCAAACACAGGCAAGGACCAGAAGGACUGAAAUCCCUCUAGGGCCUAAAAGCCUGUAAUCAUGUUUGUUUCUGCUGUAAUUAUUUUGGAUUCUGAUACAUUGACAAACCACAACCGGCUAAGAAGAAAUGGAAUUUUGACAAAUGUUCUUCUUCCUCUCAUCAUUGUAAAUUGUGAUCUUUUCAGUUGUUUGUGCUAUGCUAUUUUUGUUUGUUUUUAACACAUAUUGAAAAGGGGUAAAUAAAAUAUAAAAGUUGUAUACAUUUGGGCAAAGACCAUGUUUGUCUUCCCUUAACUUAACUGGCACAAGUCUAUACAAGGUGGUUUGAAGAAUAAUUACUUAACUAGUUAUGAAUGGAAAGGGAGUUUAUUUCCAUUUUUGUGGACAUAUAACUUCAACUAAUGUAAUCACUUGCAAAGUUUAUUCAUGUCUUUACAGCUGGUGUUACUGACUUGCCUAGUUAAAUAAAGGUAAAAUAUGGAUCACUCUAAGUGCAAAUCCUAACUUCCACUUUAGUCACUUAGUGAUGCAUUAAUGUCAGUGGGAGACUAAGUGAAAAUUGGACUGAAGUGGAAGUUAGGAUCCACCUCUGAAGGUUCUCAGCUGUUAAUAUCAGUAUUUUUGUAUGGUCAUUGUUUUGAGUUUGUUCCAAAAUACUGUCUCAUAACCAUUAAGUAUGAACUGUUUGGUUGUGUUGAACUGGUAUGUUUUGACUGGAAAUUCAAAUAGAUUGCUUAUAUUGUCUCCCAAUAGAGUGCAGAUACAUUCAAAUAUUCUCAUACAGUGUGGUAUACCGAGUUAAAUAAUCAGGGUGGAGUUUGGAUUGAUUUGAAAUCGGGUAUGUCUUCUAGUCGACGUCUCUGUGACACUCAGGACCUACAAUAAAACGUUCUAUAACCAUCCACUUCAUUUUACGCAAUUAUAUUUAGUUUAACAGGCAAGCACAAUCCAUGCUCCAUGAAAUCACUGAACAAAACUAUCAACGCAACAUGUAGUGUUGGUCCCAUGUUUCAUGAGCUGAAAUAUAAGAAAAUGUUCCAUAUGCACAAAAAGCUUAUUUAUCUUAAAUGUUGUGCACGAAUUUGUUUACAUCCCUGUUAGUGGGCAUUUCUCAUUUGCCAAGAUAAUCCAUCCACCUGACAGGUGUGGCAUAUCAAGCAGCUAAUUAAAUAGCAUGAUCACAGGUGCUCCUUGUGCUGUGGACAAUUAAAGGCCACUCUAAAAUGUGCAGUUUUGUCACACAACACAAUGCCACAGAUGUCUCAAGUUUUGAGGGAGUGUGCAAUUGGCAUACUGACUGCAGGAAUGUCCACCAGAGCUGUUGCCAGAUAAUUUGUUAAUUUCUCUACCAUAAACUUCCUCCAAAAUUGUUUUAGAGAAUUUGGCAGUACGUCCAACCAGCUUCAAAAUCGCAAACCACCUGUAUGGCGUUGUGUGGGAGAGCAGUUUCCUAAUGUCAAAGUUGUGAACAGAGUGCCCCAUGGUGGCGGUGGGGUUAUGGUAUAGGUAGGCAUAAGCUACGGACAACGAACAAAAUUGCAUUUUAUCUAUGGCAAUUUGAAUGCAUAGAGAUACCAUGAUGAGAUCCUGAGGCCCAUUGUUAUGCCAUGCACAGCCCCAUGUCACAAGGAUCUGUGCACAAUUAAUGGAUGCUAAAAAUGUCACAGUUCUUCUAUGGCCUGCAUACUCACCAGACAUGUCACCCAUUGAGCAUGUUUGGGAUGCUCUGGAUUGACGUGUACGACAGUGUGUUCCAGUUCCUGCUAAUAUCCAGAAACUUCGCACAGCCAUUGAAGAGGAGUGGGACAACAUUUCACAGGUCACAGUCAACAGCCUGAUCAACUCUGUGCGAAGGAGAUAUGUUGUGCUGCAUGAGACAAAUGGUGGUUUUCUGAUCCACACUCCUACCUUUUUUAAAGAUAACUGUGACAAACAGAUGCAUAUCUGUAUUCCCAGUCAUGUGAAAUCCAUAGAUUAGGGCCUAAUAUAUUUAUUUAAAUUUACUGAGUUCCUUAUAUGAACUGUAACUCAGUAACAUCUUUGAAAUUGUUUCAUGUUGCGUUUAUAUUUUUGUUCAGUAUACAAGGAUUUUGCAGCUUUCUGUGCAGUGCAUCAACUCGUUUUCCCAGUUUAUAAACUACAUAGCAGUAUCUCCUCUUCAUGAUAGUUUUUAAAACUUUAUUAAAAUAUCUGUGCCCAUAUUCACAAAGCAUCUCAGAGAAGGAGUGCUAAUCUGGGUUCAGAUUUGCCUUCGAAAUUAAUGUGUUGACAUGGACAGGGGGGAAUUGAUCCUAGAUCAGCACUCAUACUCUGAGACCCUUUAUGAUUGCUGACCAUGGUCUUGAUUUAUUUCAGUCUGUCCUCUAAACACCAUGUUUUCAAUAGAUACAUGUACUGUAAUGUAAAUGUAAGCAAGACAAAGGUCCAGAGUAGCGUUGACAGAUGUAAUAAGGGAUGGAUUACACACAAUGAAAAGGGAUAUAUUUGCUGUUGUAUUGCUAUUCCACAGUUCUCUGACAGGACAUUGCAGACACACCUGAAUGUUCAUCUCUCAUCGCUGUCUCCUAAAUGAUUAAUUCCUGUGUUGAUUUUAACAUUGCAAAUCAAAAUCAAAUCAAAUCAAAUGUAUUUAUAUAGCCCUUCGUAUAUCAGCUGAUGUCUCAAAGUGCUGUACAGAAACCCAGCCUAAAACCCCAAACAGCAAGCAAUGCAGGUGUAGAAGCACGGUGGCUAGGAAAAACUCCCUAGAAAGGCCAAAACCUAGGAAGAAACUUAGAGAGGAACCAGGCUAUGUGGGGUGGCCAGUCCUCUUCUGGCUGUGCCGGGUGGAGAUUAUAACAGAACAUGGCCAAGAUGUUCAAAUGUUCAUAAAUGACCAGCAUGGUCGAAUAAUAAUAAGGCAGAACAGUUGAAACUGGAGCAGCAGCACGGUCAGGUGGACUGGGGACAGCAAGGAGUCAUCAUGUCAGGUAGUCCUGGGGCAUGGUCCUAGGGCUCAGGUCAGUUGAAACUGGAGCAGCAGCACGGCCAGGUGGACUGGGGACAGCAAGGAGUCAUCAUGUCAGGUAGUCCUGGGGCAUGGUCCUAGGGCUCAGGUUCUCAGAGAGAGAGAAAGAAAGAGAGAAGGAGAGAAUUAGAGAACACACACUUAGAUUCGCACAGGAGAAGUACUCCAGAUAUAACAAACUGACCCUAGCCCCCCGACACAUAAACUACUGCAGCAUAAAUCCUGGAGGCUGAGACAGGAGGGGUCAGGAGACACUGUGGCCCCAUCCGAGGACACCCCCGGACAGGGCCAAACAGGAAGGAUAUAACCCCACCCACUUUGCCAAAGCACAGCCCCCACACCACUAGAGGGAUAUCUUCAACCACCAACUUACCAUCCUGAGACAAGGCUGAGUAUAGCCCACAAAGAUCUCCGCCAUGGCACAACCCAAGGGGGGGCGCCAACCCAGACAGGAUGACCACAUCAGUGAAUCAACCCACUCAGGUGACGCACCCCUUCCAGGGGCGGCAUGAGAGAGCCCCAGCAAGCCAGUUACUCAGCCCCUGUAAUAGGGUUAGAGGCAGAGAAUCCCAGUGGAAAGAGGGGAACCGGCCAGGCAGAGACAGCAAGGGCGGUUCGUUGCUCCAGAGCCUUUCCGUUCACCUUCCCACACCUGGGCCAGACUACACUCAAUCAUAUGACCCACUGAAGAGAUGAGUCUUCAGUAAAGACUUAAAGGUUGAGACCGAGUUUGCGUCUCUGACAUGGGUAGGCAGACCGUUCCAUAGAAAUGGAGCUCUAUAGGAGAAAGCCCUGCCUCCAGCUGUUUGCUUAGAAAUUCUAGGGACAAUUAGGAGGCCUGCGUCUUGUGACCGUAGCGUACGUGUAGGUAUGUACGGCAGGACCAAAUCAGAGAGAUAGGUAGGAGCAAGCCCAUGUAAUGCUUUGUAGGUUAGCAGUAAAACCUUGAAAUCAUUGCCUAUAUCAGACAAAGCACUUGUUGAGCCCAUGACAAACAAAUCCUAAUUCAGAGGUCGUAAAGGUAGACUCAACAUUAUGACAUCAUAAACAGCGGGGAAACUUCCUGCUUUCUCCCAGAAAUCAACAGCAACAAAAUCUAAUCUGCCAGGACUGCUGGUAUUGCCUCUUCCUUAAGUGGGAAUGCCUCAAGGAAGGGCACAAAUUAGGAGUCAGUUUUGUUAGUCUUCUGUUGUUGAUGUCAGCACAUGUGUACGAUGAAGUCUGACUUUAAUAUUGUAUUCAAAAAUGUGGAGAAAGGGACACAUUUUGAUGUGACAAUAUUUUACUUUUUAAUGUUUCAAACCUGUGGUGCUGCCAUCAAAAUCGGCCAUAUUACAGCAGACAUAAGGGUGCAUUUAUCACACAUUUCAAAUGGGCUAUGUCUGUGUGAGGGUUACAUUGAUUUGAUAAUUAUUAGAAAUAUACAUCACUGUAAUUCAUGAUUCACCAGGCAUCGGCAUUAUUGUAAAUUAUUCUUGAACUUGGAUUUCAUUUGAAUACAUUGUUCCAUAUGGCAGAGCACUUAGCUAAGUGAGAUAGCUCACCUAUUAUCCACUCCACACCAGCAUAAUUGUUUGAACCCCAAAUCCAUUUAGAAAUAAAUACCACGAGUAUUACCCUAGUAAAAUAGGUAUUCAGACCUCAAUGGGAUAAAUAAAGGUUAAAUAAGUACCACAUAAUUAGUCAAGUGUUCUACUGUGGUAAAUGUACUGAUAAAACAGAUCCAAAUGUCUGUUGAAAGAUAAGCUCAUUCUAGUGACUGAAACUAUAUAAUAUGGGCUCAAUGAAGGCCAUGCUAAGGGUAGAUUCAAUAAAAGUUGUAUUACUUUUUUUGUAGUUGUUUUAAAACAUAUGUACAGAAAGCAACAUCUGGGGCUUCUGAGAAGUCCACGGUAUAACCAUUGCAGAAACUUAUUUCCAACGUAUUAUUUUUGACUGAGCUUAUAUUGGACUUACCCUAUAGUAUAGUGCUGUUUGUGACGUGACAUUUAAGUAUGCAUUCAGUCACUCUGUGGUGACCGGCACACACACAUUCCCUCUACCCCAAGACAAGACAGUCAAGUCAUUCACCCGACAAAGGUCAGUCAAAGUCGUCCCUUUAUUCUGGUUGAUUCCACAGUGAAUGGAAAAUUACAUUCUAUUUGACUCCCUGUGAUGUAAAAGAUUGUUGGUUCAUAUGUAUUUUCUUGUUGAAGAUUGUGUGUUCAUAUUUCAAACUGACAAUAAUAAUAAAAAAUGAUCUUAAAUGC